AAAAAGCAAGCUAAGAGAAGGGAGUGAGGAGAGGACAAUGAUUUUGUAACAUGGUGGAAACAAAAUUUGUGGGGGAGUGAGCUCGUGGGUGAACAGUACAUUGGUUGACUGAGCGGGAGCAACGGCAUCGGUAGAUACCUCCCGUCAAAAGCCUAGCUAAUCCUGGAUUCAUGUCAGAGCGCAUUACCAUUUGCACAACUUUUUCUUUGCUUCAACCCAUUGUAGCUGUCAUCAUUUAUAACUCUUCUGAACUCGUAAACGUAAAAGAGUUGGGGAACACAGCUAUGUAUGGUAAUGAGUAAUGCAGGGUGAGAGAUUGGUUUUUGCAGAGAGAAUGUUGGACUGCAUUCGGGUCCUCCUGCUGCUCCUCUCUUCGUUCGGCUUCAGCAUUCACGGAGGGGCAGGGGCAGGGGCUUUUGUAGGGUUGAAUGUUGGGACAAGUCUAUCCAACAUGCCAUCUCCUGAUCAAGUUGUUUCUUUGCUGAAGAUCAAAAAGAUCCGACAUGUUCGGCUGUAUGAUUCAGAUAGGGGUAUGCUCUUAGCUCUGGCAAAUACCAGCAUUGAAGUGAUUAUCAGUAUACCCAAUAAUCAGGUAUUAGCCCUUGGCGAGUCUAAUUCCAGUGCAGCUAAUUGGGUUAAUAAGAAUGUUGCCGGUUACCUUCCUGACACAAAAAUUACAGGGAUUGUUGUGGGUAAUGAGAUUCUUACUUCAUUACCCAAUGCUGCUAUAGUUCUUGUGUCGGCUAUGAAGUUCUUGCAUUCCGCAUUGGUUGCAGCAAAUCUAGAUGGACAAGUAAAAGUUUCAAGCUCUCAUUCUUUCGAUAUUAUAAGGGAGGCGUUCCCUCCUUCCCAAGCAUAUUUUAAUCAGAGUUUUAAUAAUGUAAUUGAGUCUAUGCUUGAAUUUCUUCAGGAGACGGAUUCUUAUCUUAUGAUGAAUCUAUACCCUUAUUACACUUAUAUGCAAGGCAACGGCAAAGUACCAUUGGAUUAUGCCUUGUUCCAGCCGCUUACUCCCGAGAAAGAAGCAGUGGAUCCUAAUACACUGUUGCAUUACACCAACGUUUUUGAUGCAAUGGUGGAUGCAGUAUAUUAUUCCAUGUCUAAUCUGAACUACACGAAUAUCUCUGUGGUUGUGGCAGAGACAGGAUGGCCUUCGAAGGGUGAUGCCAGCGAGCCUCGUGCCACCACAGACAAUGCUGCUACUUACAAUAGCAAUCUAGUGAAGCAUAUAUUCAAUAUUACUGGAACUCCUAAGCGCCCGGGUGUACCAGUGAACACAUAUAUAUAUGAGCUAUACAAUGAAGACCUUAAACCAGGACCUCUUUCGGAGCAGAAUUGGGGUCUGUUCAACGCUAACGGAACCCCUGUUUAUGCGCUACAUGUAAGUGGUGCAGGAGAAUUUCUGGCUAAUAAUAUUACCAAUCAGAGUUACUGUGUAGCAAAGCCUGGGGCUGAUACUAAGCUUCUACAAGCUGCAUUAGAUUGGGCUUGUGGACCAGGCCAAGCAAACUGUACAGCUAUUCAAGGGGGUGAAGAUUGUUUCAAUCCUGACACUGUUGGAGCACAUGCUUCAUAUGCAUUUAAUAGCUAUUACCAUAAGACAGGCAUGGCAAUGGGUUCCUGUGAUUUCAAGGGUGUUGCCACUAUAACAACAACGAAUCCCAGUCAUGACUCCUGUUUUUAUUCCGGAAGUGGUCGUGGGAAUGACAGCACUGGUAAUGGAACUACUUUUGCUGAUAGUAGAUCGACAUAUUUGAUAGCCAAUGACAGCAUGGCGCUUUACAUCCUUGUUCUCUUCCUUUCACUCUUGCUGAUAGUAGAUCGACAGAUUUGAUAGCCAAUGACAGCAUGGUGCUUUACAUCCUUCUUCUCUUCCUUUCACUUUUGCUUUGGCAGGCAUCAAUUUUCUAGUAGAGUUUAUGUUCGGCUCAUUGGAAGUUCAUUCAAGUAUUAAAGAUAGAUCUAAGAUAAUCAAUAUUUCAAUCUAAUUUAAUUGUAGGUUUUGAUAUUAAUAUGUAACUUAUUUAUUGUACCUAUCGUUAAUGGAAAUCGUGAAAAUCAGAGUAAAUGAUGGGACUCAUUUAUUAGCUACCCAAUGAAUUCAAGUUCACCACAAAUAUUUUUUAGCCGGCCAGGAAUUCUAAAACCUGUUAUUUUGAACGAUAACAGGCAAUUGUAAUGACUGCACACACUUCUAUAAAUUGAUUCGUAUCUGUAUUUGCUUCUA